UGUGGGCAGCGGGGCGGGGGUUGGGAAGAUGGCGGCUCCCAGCCUCCUCAACUGGAGGCGGGUUUCCUCCUUCACGGGGCCGGUCCCCCGCGCCCGACACGGACACCGGGCCGUGGCCAUACGGGAGCUGAUGAUCAUCUUUGGAGGAGGCAACGAGGGCAUCGCGGACGAGCUGCACGUCUACAACACCGUUACGAAUCAGUGGUUCCUACCAGCUGUUAGAGGAGACAUCCCUCCAGGCUGCGCUGCACAUGGAUUUGUCUGUGAUGGUACCAGAAUAUUAGUAUUUGGGGGAAUGGUUGAAUAUGGAAGAUACAGCAAUGAGUUGUAUGAGUUACAAGCAAGUCGUUGGUUAUGGAAAAAAGUGAAGCCCCAUCCCCCUUCUUCUGGGUUACCUCCUUGUCCUAGGCUUGGACAUAGCUUCUCUUUAUAUGGUAACAAAUGCUAUUUGUUUGGUGGCCUGGCAAAUGAAAGUGAAGAUUCAAACAAUAAUGUUCCUAGGUAUUUAAAUGAUUUCUAUGAGUUGGAGCUACAGCAUGGUUCUGGUGUUGUGGGUUGGAGCAUUCCAGUGACUAAAGGGGUUGUGCCUUCACCAAGAGAAUCCCACACAGCUGUUAUAUAUUGCAAAAAAGAUUCUGGGAGUCCUAAAAUGUAUGUUUUUGGUGGAAUGUGUGGUGCUCGUCUGGAUGACCUGUGGCAACUUGACUUAGAAACUAUGUCUUGGUCAAAACCAGAAACUAAAGGGACAGUGCCACUUCCACGAAGCCUUCACACUGCCAGUGUUAUAGGAAAUAAGAUGUACAUUUUUGGUGGAUGGGUUCCACAUAAGGGGGAAAAUAUUGAGACUUCAUCUCAUGAUUGUGAAUGGAGAUGUACCAGUUCUUUUUCUUAUCUAAAUCUGGAUACGGCAGAGUGGACAACCCUUGUAUCAGAUUCUCAGGAAGAUAAAAAAAAUUCACGACCAAGACCAAGAGCUGGACACUGCGCUGUUGCAAUUGGCACUCGGUUAUAUUUUUGGAGUGGAAGAGAUGGUUAUAAAAAAGCACUGAAUAGUCAAGUUUGCUGCAAAGAUCUUUGGUAUCUUGAUACUGAAAAACCACCAGCACCAUCACAAGUACAAUUGAUCAAAGCCACUACCAAUUCAUUUCAUGUCAAGUGGGAUGAAGUGCCUACGGUUGAGGGGUAUCUUUUGCAGUUAAACACAGACUUGCCAUACCAAGCUCCAUCGUUAGAUUCUUCAGCUGCACUGAAUAUGCCAGGAGUCAGGAUGGACCCCUACAGACAAGGCACUAAUAACAUCAUUCCUAACAGUAUCAGUGAUACAGUAAACAGUGCAAAAACUGAACAUACAGGCAUGAAAGGAACUUUAAUGAAAAACACACCAGACUUCAAAGCAUCAACAGAUUCUAAUGCUAUUUUACAUUCAUCUUUGGCAUCUAAUGCUUCUAAUCAUAAUAGUGUGGAAGACAUACUAAGGAAAAAUGAAGGUCCUCACACUUCAGCACACAUAGGUGUACUUAGUUGCCUGGACUUAAGAACAGUAGUCUCUGAAACUUCUGUAUCCAGUAUUGUUUCCAGCACACAAACCAUGGUAACCCAGCAGACCAUUAAAACUGAAUCCUCCAGUACAAAUGGGGCAGUGGUUAAAGAUGAAACUUCACUAACAACAUUCAGUACCAAAUCUGAAGUUGAUGAAACAUGUGCUUUGCCUGCAAGUAAGAUCAGCCGUGUAGAGACACAUGGUGCAGCAAUGCCAUUCUCUAAAGAGAUUCCUUCAAAUCCAGUGACCACAGUGAAAGCAGGAGAACGACAGUGGUGUGAUGUGGGAAUUUUUAAAAAUAAUACAGCUUUGGUGAACCAGUUUUAUUUGCUGCCAAAAGGAAAGCAAAGCAUCUCAAAGGUAGGAAACGCAGAUGUACCUGACUACAGUUUACUUAAGAAACAAGAUCUUGUUCCAGGCACAGGAUACAGAUUCAGGGUUGCUGCAAUCAAUGGUUGUGGAAUAGGCCCUUUCAGCAAAAUUAGUGAAUUUAAAACUUGUAUUCCUGGUUUUCCUGGAGCUCCUUCUGCAGUUAGAAUUUCAAAGAAUGCUGAAGGUAUCCAUCUUUCCUGGGAACCUCCAACUUCACCUUCUGGAAAUAUUCUGGAAUAUUCAGCCUACUUGGCUAUUCGCACAGCACAGAUACAAGAUAAUCCAAGCCAACUUGUGUUUAUGAGGAUUUAUUGUGGUCUUAAAACAUCAUGUAUAGUAACUACUGGGCAACUUGCGAAUGCACAUAUUGAUUAUACGUCCAGGCCUGCCAUUGUGUUCAGGAUAUCAGCAAAGAAUGAAAAGGGAUAUGGACCAGCUACACAAGUCCGAUGGCUUCAAGGUAACAAUAAGAAAGCACCUUUAAAUUGAAUUCUUUUUUCUUAACUGAAGCUAUUGUGAUGAUGAUUAUUUAUUAGUAACUGAUUAUAAAGAUUGUCAUUUAAGAGUAUUCUCUGGCUGUAUUUCUAGCAGUUAUAAAUCUGAGUUUGUAAAGUUGUUAAUAAAAUGUAUUUGCUUGAUUCUACAUACAAAUAAAAAUAGAAAAGAAGCAAAGACUCUGAAAAUUAGUAUAUGGGUUCUUCCUUAUAAGUGUAGCUCUUUUAUAAAGAAAAGUAGUAAAGUUAAAAGCUAGAAAGCUUUCUCACCCCAAUGUCGUUUAUAAAGGCUAUGUAAUUCAAUCAUCCUAGAGUUCUGAGGUGAUUGUUGUAAUUGGCUAUUGUACACUGUGCUGUCUUAGAUAAUAAGUGUUCUCUACAUUGUAAAUGCCCUAUCUUUGAGUGUGCCCUCUGGCUUUAUUCUAUAGGAGCAGUGGUCCUCUAACAACUUUCUUCUAUUGGAUAAUACUUGUGAUAUUUUAGUAGCCAUUGGAUUCUUUUCUUUAUUUACAAUUGGCACAGAGCUUAAGAAAUUAUAAAAAGAAGAAAGGCAAGGUCAGAAACUGCUUUUGAAUUUUUAUUUUUCCAAGAAUCAUGGUAAAAUAUAAGAAGUAAUAAUGAGCUUUCUUGAUUUGUAUCAAGCAGAUAUAUUUGAAUAUAUUUUUAGUCAAAGCACUUAAUUUAUCUAUCCAUCAGUUUCCUCAUUAACAUAUGAGGAGGUUAAAAGAGUUUACCUUUAAGGUCCCUUUCAGCACUAAAAUAUUGUAUUUUCAUCAGGAGUGAAGUAUAUCCCUAAACUUUCCCAUCUGUCUUAAUGACUCUAACUUUGCUUUUUAUUGAAAUUAAAAACUUCAUAAUUUAAAAUUAAAAAAUAGAUGUUCUCCUAUUGCAGAAAGAAGCACCUUAACAGGAAACAAGUUUUGAAAUAGUGUUUUAAACAUUUGUAAGAUUUUUGUAAAUGCUCUAAAUGUUUUAUUUUUGCAUUGUUUUUAUCUCAAAAUUGUAUAAAAUUUUUUACAAUGGAAAUAUAAACAGUAGACAGCUCACUCAGGUUCCAUUACAACUUUAAAGAUGCAGAUAGACAUCAUGAACACUCUGCGGCAGGUAACUUGCUUUAAACCUGUUAGGAAUUUCGUGGUUCCUCUGCCUAUUCAAAUCUGAAUGAACAUGUAUGCAAUAAAGGCAGAAAAGAUAUUUGAACUAAGAUCUUCAAUAACUGCAGGGGCAAAGGUCUAUCUUUCUUAAUACCACAUAACCUUAUACCAGUUUAGGUUGACUGAGUAGCUAUGUCCUCAAAUUUUAUGUAUAAUACUCCCAGCAAAGAUGAUUUAAUUGUGCAGAAUUGAUAUAUAUGUGUGUUCCAGUUACUAAUUUAAAGUGUAUAGAAUAUUUUAAUAUAUAAUUUUUGUAAAGAACUGGGAUUUUUAUACUACAGUAUUUGUAAUUAAUGUGUCUCACUAAUUAAAUUUUCUUGAAGAAAAUAUGCAAACUGUUAGACAAGCAGUGAGUGGUUUCUGAACUCUAAAAAUAAAUGCACUACUAUGGUGUUGUUAGAAUACUUUUUUUUUGUGGUUGUAUGAAUCCUUAAUCUUUAAAUGUGUAUCUUACAAACAAUGUUUACAAGGAGCUUCUCUGGUUAUUCCAGCAACUCCCUUGGUGAGAGCUUCAUCUGCAUUUGUUUAACUCAUAUGCUUUGCUUUUGGCAUAUGCUUGCUUUUUGCACUAGUAGAAUAUUAACUUACCUCAUUAUUAUGUUUGUAAUCAUUUUAUAGCUUCCAUAAUGUGUCUGAUAUGGGCUAAAAAAGUACUUAACCAAAGUUAAAACAAAUGGUAAGCAAUUUUGCACAUAUUAAAUGCUAGGGUUUGCUGUGUAUAUGUGUGUGCUUAGUUAAAAAAAAUAAGAAUUGAAAGUUAUAAUAAGUGUAUGUUUCAAGCCCAAUUAUCUUAAUGAUUUAUUUGUUUUAUUACAAAAACUCUUAACCCCUUAGUCUCUGCAGUAAUUAGUAAUUUUUAUCUUAAAGCACUUCUCUUAAUGACAAGGAAUAAGUUACUUCUAAGCAAAGAAAAGGAUUUUUUUUUUUUGAGUGUGCACACUUAUUCCUAUUUAGUAUUUGAUUUAGUUUACUUUGCUUAAAUGCCUCUACUGUUCUAGACCAGGAGAUGAAUAUGAAUCUGUCAUCCUAACAUAUGACUUAACUUUUUAGAGGAGAAGGCAGCCUUUCUAGACCAAGGGAUCUGUUAAAAUAAUGAUGCUUUCACUUUGAGGAUUAGCCUAGAUUCUGUUGUUAUUAUUUGGGCAUUUGUACAUUAAGCACCAAUCAUGUUUCUCAUAAGUAAUGAUGAGUAAUUCAAAGAUGGUAUUUAUCUCAUGGUAAUUAAAAGAUGCCAUUUAGAAAUCUCUGUGGCUUUGACAUUAAUAGUUAAUAAGAGAUCUUUGAGCUAUAUGUUCAUGAAUAGAAUGAAUUAGGUAAAUAAUGAGAAAACUACAAGUUAGCUUCUUAUGAUUUGUACAUUUUCUAAGUGAUUAAGAUCACUUUGUGAAACAGUGGACUGUAUCAUGUGACAGUUUUUCAUAAGAGGACUUACCUUGAGUUAAAUUAGUUUCUUAACUCUCCCCAGUUGGAUAAGCAAUUUAGAUAUAACACACCUUUUCCUGUGCUCUGCAACUUUGGCUGAAAUAAGUAAUGAAAAUAUUUUUGAUGUUGCAUGCUCUUAGAAUUUUGUUUUUAAAACAUUAUAUUGGCUUUAUUUAGUUCAGUAAACUGUUUUGACAAUUUAAUUAGAAAUAGGGUAUAUAUAAAUUCAAUUUUAUCUGUUUUUUAACAAUUUGAAAUAAUAUGAUUGCACGUAUGAGGCACCCAUGCCUCAUAACCCAGUUACAUAAAUGUAAUCAUCUGUAGGAAGGUGAAACUGUUGUUCUGUUAUUUCAAAGACUUAUAGACUAGCAGAGAUUUGUUCUGAUUAGAUAUAUGGUCUAUAAUAACUAAAAAUAUUUUUAAAAAUUAUAGUACUUGUAACAAAAAACCAUUUGUAACAUUGCAUAUGAAGACAUUAUUAGUAUUUCAAAUUAUUUUAGCCAUCUGAUGAUAAGUGAAGUAGAUGCGAAAUAGGCUUGGUCUUUGAUGACUUGAGGUGUAACUGACUGUUUUGUUUCCCAAGAUUGAUUUUAGGCAGUUUUACGUGUUGUGUACCAAUGAUAUGUAAAAUAAAGCACCUUUUCUACCAUAAGCAAUUACAGGUGUUAUUUAUUUUGAAUUACAUUAAAGAAAAAUUAGUUAUGGCAAAGAAAAUCAGUAGAAGUGUUGAUUUCAUGGCAUUCAUUUAAAUUAAUAUAGACAGUCUCUAAAAAUGGAUUGUGUCUAAAAAUUUGUUUUUUAAGUUAUUGGAUUAUGGUUGAGAAUCCUUUUUCAUAGAAAUGUAAAGCUUAUCUAAUUCUUACUGUAGCUAAACUAAUAUGCUUGAAAGUAAAAAAGGCAAAUGGCUCUAAGAAACAAUCUAAAUUUGUCACCUCUUUUUUUUGUCUUCCAUUUAUUCUUAUAUUUCUUCCUGCUUUUCACUCUUUUUAAAUUCUCAGCGGCCAGGCUUCUGACCUGCUUCUCUAUUGAAAUGGCUCUCUAUUCAGAGAUUAGGGGUGACUUCCCAUUUCCCAAAUCCAGCGAACUCCUUCAUCAGACUUCAUCAUGUCAGUUGAAAUUUUUAUCCAUUCCUGGGGUACUGCCACACUGUUUAGUAUCUGCAGUGCUAUUCUCUUUAUGUACCUCCUCCUGCUUAGACGCCCCUCUCCCAUUUCCACCAGUCUCCAUUCAUUUGUUCAAGAUUCAAUUUGGUAAAGCCUUUCCUAACAUACUCCACUUCCAAGCCAGUUUGACCCACUCUGUCUGUGUCUCACUGUCCUUUGUGAAAUCUUGUCAUAAAGACGUGCCCUUAUUUGUUACCAUGUCUCUCUCCCUUUACUAAAAGGUAGGUCGGUCUCGGUGGCAUAGACGGGAUCUUUAUAUUCCUUCCAUAGUGGCCAGUUAGCUGGUGCCUAAAUAUUUUAAUAAAUGAAUACAGAAAAUUGUCACACU